AUGAAUGUCCAAAAUAUCCUAAAAGAAUUUGCUAAGGCAUUCCGAAAUGUUGCGACGGGAGUAGUUCAGAUCGGAAAACAAUUACCCAUAAAUAGAAGGGAUACAAAUUCUUCACCACAACCAAGUACCACAGAAGUUUGUGUUUUAGACUCAGCAGAAGAGAUAGAAAUAUUUAGAAUCAUGGCUGAUAAUUCCUUCCCCGAAGAAUUCGAUGAAGGAGAUCCUCAUUGGAUGGAUCGGUCUUCUGAUGUUAAGGAAGAUGAAGUAUGGGGUAACUAUUGGAAUGAAGAAGAAAUAACAAAUUAUACAAUUGCACCAGGAUCUAUUGCAACAAUUGACUAG